AUGCACAUUUUGCUAUUUGGAUUGGAUGCUGCUGGCAAGAUGACCAUUCUGUAUAAACUGAAGUUAGGGGAGAUAGUCACCACCAUUCCUACCACUGGUUUUAAUGUGGAAACAGUAGAGUAUAAGAACACUUGUUUCACAGUACGGGAUGUUGGUGGUCAAGACAGAAUUAGGCCUCUCUGGAAGCAUUACUUCCAGAAUACCCAGGGUCUUAUUUUUGUGGUAGAUAGCAAUGAUCAUGGAAGAAUUCAGGAAGUAGCAGAUGAGCUGCAGAAAAUUCUUCUGGUAGAUGACUUGAGAGAUGCAGUACUGCUUUUUGCAAACAAACAGGAUUUGCCAAAUGAUAUGGCCGUCAGUGAAAUGACAGAUAAACUAGGUCUUCAGUCUCUUCAUAACAGAACAUGGUAUGUUCAAGCCACUUGUGCAACACAAGGAACUGGUCUGUAUGAGGGACUUGACUGACUGUCAAAUGAACUUUCAAAACGUUAAAUGAAACCGGAUGUCUAACCAAGGACUUGUUUGAUAAAAUUGGUCUAGGCUUCUUACAACAAAAUUAGUUUGUAUCUUGGUUAUUAAACAGUAUCUGGGACUGGUUUGGGUAGAAUAUUAAACUUAUUUUGUUGCCAAUUAUUGUUUACCAAGUAUGAUGUUGCUAUUUAGCAAUGUGCUUGGUUUUAAAGAAAUCCUCCU